AUGGAAAGAUAUCAGAUGUUAGGCAUAGUGGGCGAGGGCUCUUUCGGCGUUGUCGCCAAGUGUCUGAACAAGACGACUGGACGGACGGUGGCGGUGAAAAAACUGCUCGAUUCCAAGCGGUACCCCGUCACGGUGGUCCGCGAGAUAAGUCUACUGCACGCUUUUGAAAACGAUCACGUGAUGCCAAUGAUCGAGGCGUUCCGACACUGCGGUUACAUUUACAUAGUGUUCCCGUACAUGCGGCGCAACCUUUACAUGUACUUGGAGAUGAAUAACGGCGUUCUGACAAUGGAUGAGGCUAAGAUAUGCGUGUACCAAGUAAGUAGAGUACAGUCACGAGGCCUGAUUGACAUUUUAAAGUUCAAAACCAAGUCGAGCACUCGUAAAACAAACGUUCUUAGUAGUUAUGACUUCAUAAUUUUCUAUCCUAUCCUCGAGAAAUGAAUAUGAAUGUGCACUACACACGUUUGGACUAUUUUUAUGAAACAUGAAACAUUUCAAGUCUUAUUGCAAUUAAGUUUCAUUAACAUCCAUGUAACUUUCAAU